UUGUGAACAUAACUUGACAGCAUCAGUAGUUGACUUGUGUUUACAUUAUAUAGAACUAUUUCAAAUUAGAAAUGUCAAAUUAUAAACCGACUACUCGUCAUUUGCGAGAGGUGAUACUUUAUUAUUUUAAUAAUAGAAAAUCUUCCAGUGAGGCUCACCGAAUGCUUUUAUACGCUUAUGGCAACGGUAUUAUAUCCCGUGGAACAUGUUCUAAUUGGUAUCAAAGCUUCGAAAAAGGUGAUUUCAACUUAGACAAACCUACUUCAAGACCACUAAUAACUAGAGAACAAGAAAUUGAAGAAUUACUGCGUUGGAUGCUUGAAGACCCGGGUAUUACUCAAGCAGAGAUAGCAGGAAAAUAUGGAAUAAGCCAAUCUAAAGUUUCUGCACUCGUAAACAGUCAGGAAUUUAACGACAAAUUAAAAGAAACAGGGCGUGAUUUGAAGUUAGAAAAAAUUACUUCAAGAAAUCCACGUAGAGAAUGGGAAGAUAAAGAAUUAGUGCGUUUGAUCCAUGAAAACCCGGAUAUAUCUCAAAGGAAGUUGGCAAAACAAUUGGGAUUAUGCCAAUCUACAGUUUCAAAUCGCCUAAAAAGUCUGGAAAUACAAAACAAAUUAAAAGAAAAAGGGCAAAGAUCUACUUCAAAAACACCACGAAGAGAAAAGGAAGAUAAAGAAUUAGUGCGUUUGAUCCAUGAAAACCCGGAUAUAACUCCAAGGAAGUUGGCAGAACAAUUGGGAUUCAGCAGAGCUACAGUUAAUAGGCGUUUAAACAGUCUGGAAAUACAAAACAAAUUAAAAGAAAAAGGGCAAAGAUCUACUUUAAAAACACCACGUAGAGAAAGGGAAGAUAAAGAAUUAGUGCGUUUGAUGAAUGAAAACCCGGAUAUAACUCAAAGGAAGUUGACAGAACAAUUGGGAUUAGGCUUAGCUACAGUUAAUAAGCGAAUAAACAGUCCGCCAAACAGUGGCUUGAUAAGCAUUAAGGGGAUUCUGCACCAAGGAAAUAAACUAUUAUUUACUGGUAUGUUGAAUUUAAACGUGGUCGUACAAGCGCAGAUGAUGCUGAACGCUCUGGUCGCCUAA